AGUGACUACAGUGAAACCCGCAUGGUUACUCUACGAUUUUUCAUCUUCGCAUACUUCUUGUGUUAUCUUGGCAAAGAGUUGAAUCAAAUGAGAUUGGAGGUAUAUUUUUCUCCUUAAUUUUUCGAUUUCAUAAAAUUUUGACCACAUCUUUUUCUGAAGUUUGUGUGAUAAUUUUGAAUUUCAAAGUUGGCAAGUUGGUUGUGAAUUAAAAAAAAACAACUUAAUUUGCAGCGUUGGGAAUAUUUUCUGGAAAUCACGAAUUUCUUGGAUUUGCCCGUAUCUACCUUGUUCCUGACAUUCGUUCAACUGCCGAGUACGAAGCCAAUUCCCUACUAUCGACUGAAGUUUGGUAUCGUUGGGAUAUUUGCAUAUUACUUUCUGAUGUUUUUGUGGACAAGAGGGUAUGUGUGAAUGCAAGUGUUUAAUUUAAAACUGUAUGAGUAACCACAGAAUGUGCCAUGGCCCCCCUGCCCGCCCUCCUCCCCAGCUCCGCGGUCCCUGUAUCAGAGGCCUAUUUUCGUUUCUAUAUUUUAAGACUUUCACGUUUUGGCAUCUACAUUACAAUGUUUCUGGAGGUUCUUUUUACAUUGCUAAAGGUAAGAUGGAGGUUUCUGAUUCUUUAACUUCCGUACACUUCCGUAGAUUCUCCCUAUUAUUGACAAUUUCUUCUCCUUUCAUGUCUUGCAACUAACAAUUUCAUCAUAAUCAAAAUUUAUUCCAUACAAUAUCAAUGAAAAAAUAAAUGUCAUUAAUUGCAGUUAUAGUACAAGUUAAUACAAGUUUAACGCCUUCCAACAGCACUGCUAGAAAGAGCGUCUUAGAAUGAGUACAAAGAUUGGAAUUGCUAAAUGUUGUAAAUUGAAGAAAAUAAAGCCCAGUGAAGUUCGCAAAUUUUGUAUAUAUUUGUAUUACGAGCGGUAAAAAUAACCACUUAAUUCGGCUCAAAAAUGGUUAUUUUUACCGGACGUAAUAGUAGUAAUACAAAUAUAUACAAAAUUUGCGAACUUCACAGGGCUAUAUUUUCUUCAUUUUACAACAAUUCGCAACCAAUCUCGUUCUUCUUGCCUUGAUCAAAAUUUAUUCUAUAGCUGGAAGUGCCUAUUCAUGAUCGGCCCUUGUAAUGUUGUCACAUAUGAACAGAUCAUUAAUCUGGCAACUUAUUUUAUUGGAUAAUUUUGCAGGUGGUGUCAGCGUUCGGAUUGUUGUUUAUUUGUUACUCUGUCACGUUUUUUGUCAUCUUCACGACAAAGGUAAAGUGUGUACACAAGUAUCUAUCUAGUUGCGGCAUUGUUGCAGCAUAAUCUACAAUCCUAGAAAAAGUGGUUAGCACGCUCAUUUAGCAAGACAGGUAAAGGUGUUCAUUUUAAUAAAGUCAGGAUGAUGACCUUGGUUAGGACAAAAAAUACUGUCAGAUAUAAUAGAGUGGUGCCCAUAUUAGGGAGAUGUCCGAGUUAGAGAAAAGUGCUCAUACUAGAGAGGUUUCUGUAUUAGAAUGAUGGUCCGUAUUAUAAUGAUGUUCGGAUUUGAGAGGUUUCUGUAUUGGAGUCUUGGAGUAUUCGUGUUGGAGAGAUGUCCGUAUUAGAGCUGAUUAGAGAGAUGUCCGUAUUUGAUAGGUUUCCGUAUUAAAGAAGUAUUCGUGUUGGAGAGAUGUCCGUAUUUGAUUGAUGUCCGUAUUUGAGAGGUUUUGGUAUUAAAGAAGUAUUCGUGUUGGAGAGAUGUCCAUAUUAGAGAGAUGUCCAUGUUAGAAAGAUGUCCAUGUUAGAAAGAUGUCCAUAGUAGAGAAGUGCGCCUGCAUUAACCCAAUAAGCUCUAGCCCGCUCUCUUUGAAGAGUAAAAUCGUCUGGCGCAGGAGGACGCGAACUGCAAACUUAAAGAGGCAUCCGUAUUAGAGAGGUGUCCUUCUUAGAGAAGUUUCCGUAUCAGAAAAGUGUUCGUCUUGGAGAGAAGCUUAUAUUAGAGAGGUGUUCGUGUUAGAGGUGUGUCCAUGUUUGAGAGAUGCUAGUAUUGGAGAGGCUUAGGGGCCGUUUACAUGAUGGAAGGCGGGAUGAUUUUCAUGUAUUGAAAUAAGUCACCAGACUAAACGACAGUUCAAAUGCUGGUUAACAGGUGUUGCAGAGAAGAUCUUGUAGUAGAAUCAUGUACUGUGACUUUUUUCAAUACAUCAAAAUAAUCCUGCCUCACAUCUCACCUGGCAAAGCGGGGUAAUAUAAACAGCAUCUUAGAAAGGUGUUAGAGAGCUGUCUGUAAGAAGUGGUUCAAUCACAAGUGAUAUUGAUCAUUUUAACCACAGGAUGCAAGUGAAUUCAGAACGUUUGACGAUUCAACUCUGAAAGUGAUAGCCAUGACGAUGGGUGAACUAGACUACACUGGACUUCGUGAGAAAGCUGAAUAUUUAUCAGAUGAUAUGCAAACUAUUGUUAUUCUUGUUUUCAUCAUAUUUUGUAUCACCAUGUCCCUCGUUGUCAACAACCUUCUGGUAAGUCACUGAUAACACGUACACGUUCCACUAAAAUUCAACCUGAAUCCAUGCAAAACAGUCUCGUAACACUCAACAAUACCUUACAGCCCUGUUAUGUCGAACUCGCUUACAGUCAGUGGAAACGGCUCAAAAAAUUUGACCGUACCAACCGGGUAUCUUUAUGAGUAUUCCAUCGUCUGUUUUAGAUUGGCUUGGCAGUCGGUGACAUUGAAUUGGUCCGAAAGACUGCUGAAAUUAAACUACUUUCAUUGCAGGUAGAGAAGAAUAAUUAUGCAUUUACUCGUUUAAUUAAACGCCGUCCCCGAUGAAGCUCUACCCUCGAAUAAGUGCCGCUCUUACAACAACGCGGCGCUUAAUCGAAACACCGUCCGAACGAAUUACAGUGUAUCUCAAUCGAUGAUCAGUCUCGGAGUAAAUAUGGUAAUAACGAUUAACGAAUGAUCCGCUGAAGGGCCGAUUACACUUGCAAUUUUUUCCACUGCGAUUUUCUUCUUCUGAUGGAUGUGAACGAGUAGAUGAGUUAUGAAUGCUCUGAGUGCAUGUCCCCUUAUCUGAACAUUCAUUACUCAUCCACUCGUUCACAUCCAUCAAAAAUGAAAAUGUAAUUUAUUCAUUCUUAGGUCAACGAUAUUGUCGAAUCCAGGUCUAAAAUGAUGAGUUGCAGAUUCCGGAGGUUUUUUUACGUGAAAACUGUCACAGAAAUGCCAAACAAGGACGACUGCGAAACAGAUCAUCGACAGAAGGAACACGUAAGCUAUUACCUCCACCACGGGUUUAUGUUCUUCACCUCAGUCCCUUGGAGGGGGGAUGUUCAAUCUAGGGGAUCUGGCGGCAUGCUCCCUCAGACUUGGGCGGGGGGGGGGGGGGACAAACACAUAAAUUCCGAAGACGAGCACUUAAAUGGCGCAACAACCCUUGGCGGUGCAGGGGCAUUUAAAAUUUCCAGGAGAAAUUUUCCCGAAGAAAACAAUUUUAUCGUAAUUCCAGACAUUGCAAGUCCUUCCCUUUUUUGUGAUUUAAAUUUAAACUUUUCACAACAACAGUUCUGAAGGUCAUUGUCCCCUUCGGCUAUGCCUUUGGAUGUGCAUUUGGAUGUCUGGCCAUGCUCCUUAUGAAACAUGGAUAAUGUGUCGUAAACAUAUAUAUAUUUUUAUGUAUAGUCAUAUACAAAACCUUGCAAUUAUAUUAUGAUUUUACUUUUAAGAAUUUUCCCGGGUUUUGUUUCAGAUGCCACACAAUAAAAAGAAGAUAGAACUGGUUUGUUGAAUGAUAUUGGGACUAACCGAGACGAACUGUAGCCGAUGCUGUUAAUGUUUUGUUAGGUACACUCUGGGAUGGUAAUUCGCCACGAUAUAAUGCGAGUUUAGACGAUUUAAGAUAAAAUUUCGGCUAAUUUUUGGUUGCGAGCUUAGGCGGUUUAAUGAAGCGAGCUAAGGCAAAUUAAGGUUCCGGAGCAAGUCUUUUGUUAAUGCAUAUACGUACCGUAUUAUUUAGUAUUAUGUUACUAUACAGUACUGGCACUGCUAUCCAAUUCGCCAUUGGUGGCAGAUUGAAGACUUGUAAUUUAUAUGAAGUAAUUCCUUCGUAGAAGUAUUAUGUCUAUUUAUGAUAAACAGCGAACUAGGAAACAUUGUUGUAUUUGUUUCCUCGAAACAUUUGUCAGUAGUGUGGAAUAUAUAUU